ACAAAGUACGAGUCCUGACGUCCUAGUGUCUACCACAGUGUUUUUGAGGCGGUCCCAAAUCUUCACUUAUUAGUGGAGGACACUUACACCAAAGGACACGCACGCACGCACACAUACACACACACAGUCGUCCUCCAGAGGUGCAGCAGCAGCAGCCCGCACACCACCACACUGUUUCUAUGUAUGUGCCCCGGCACAGUGCAGACAGAGGUUGUAAACAUGGCGGCGGACGGGAUGGUGCUUACCAACCACGACCAUCAGACCCGAGUGGGGAUUCUGACGGUCAGUGACAGCUGUUUCAAUAACUUGGCUGAGGACAGGAGUGGAGUCAACCUGAAAGACCUGGUCCAUGAUCCCUCACUGCUGGGAGGAGUCAUAGCAGCCUACAAGAUUGUUCCAGAUGAGAUCGAUGAAAUAAAGGACACUCUUUUGGAGUGGUGCGAUGAACAGCAGCUGAAUCUCAUUCUCACUACUGGAGGAACUGGCUUUGCACCACGAGAUGUUACACCUGAGGCCACCAGAGAGGUGAUAGAGCGAGAGGCUCCGGGUAUGGCUCUCGCCAUGCUGAUGGGAUCACUCAACGUUACACCGCUAGGCAUGCUGUCCAGGCCAGUGUGUGGUAUCCGUGGUAAAACUCUGAUCAUCAACCUGCCAGGGAGCAAGAAGGGCUCUCAGGAGUGUUUUCAGUUCAUCCUGCCCGCUCUGCCCCACGCCAUUGACCUGCUGCGUGAAGCCGCGGUCAGGGUUAAAUCCACACAUGCCGCCCUGGAGCAGCUGCCCUCCCCUUCCCCUCUGCUGGCCAACACGCACAUCGACACAAACGCCAACAUGCACACCAUGGAGCGCGGCACCCAGUGUGAGGAAGAGGAGGACGAGGAGGAGGAGGAGGACCGGAGGAGAGUUCGACAUGCGCACAACCACCACCACCACCACCAUCACCAGCAUGGUACCUCCCACAUCACCGCAGCUGCUAUCGCUGCCAAGACGAGCCAUGCUGUGGUCAUGGCUAAGGGGGGUCCCUACUUUGCCGCCAACACACCUGACCCGCCCACUCAUUUCACCUGCUCCUGUACUCAUGACCAGCAGAUCCCGGACUCUAUCAUUUCCCGAGGCGUUCAGGUGCUUCCUCGAGAUUCAGCCUCUUUAAGCUCCACCCCUUCCGAGUCACCACGAGCCACACAGGCGACCUCCCGUCUUUCCACCGCCUCAUGCCCGACACCCAAGGUUCAGUCACGAUGUGGCAGUAAUGAGAACAUUCUGAGAGCCAGCCACAGUGCGGUGGACAUCAGUAAAGUGGCACGUCGUCAUCGCAUGUCUCCGUUCCCAUUGACUUCAAUGGACAAAGCCUUCAUCACUGUUCUAGAGAUGACACCUAUUCUGGGAAUUGAAGUCAUUAACUACAGAGAUGGUUUCGGUCGAGUGCUCGCUCAGGACAUCUAUGCCAAAGACAACCUUCCUCCGUUCCCUGCUUCCGUUAAAGAUGGCUACGCUGUACGAGCUGCUGACGGCCCGGGAGAUCGCUUCAUCAUGGGAGAAUCACAGGCCGGACAACAGCCCACUCACACAGUGAUGCCAGGUCAGGUGAUGAGGGUGACGACCGGGGCUCCGAUUCCUUGUGGAGCCGACGCUGUGGUCCAGAUAGAAGAUACAGAACUUCUGAGGGAGUCUGAGGAUGGCACGGAGGAGCUGGAGGUGAGGAUCAUGGUCCAGGCCCGGCCCGGACAGGACAUCAGGCCAAUAGGCCAUGACAUCAGGCGAGGGGAGUGUGUGUUGGCUAAAGGAACACAUAUGGGCCCGUCAGAGAUCGGCCUGCUAGCUACAGUGGGAGUGACUGAGGUCAGCGUGCACAAGUUCCCUGUGGUGGCUGUCAUGUCCACUGGAAACGAGCUGUUGAAUCCAGAGGAUGACCUCCACCCAGGGAAAAUACGAGACUCCAACCGCUCCACCCUGCUGUCCACCAUCCAGGAACAUGGAUAUCCCACCAUCAACCUGGGCAUCGUUGGAGACAACCCUGAUGACUUGCUGUCAGCGCUCCACGAGGGAAUCAGUCGUGCCGACGUCAUCAUCACUUCGGGGGGUGUGUCCAUGGGAGAGAAGGACUACCUAAAGCAGGUGCUGGAUAUUGACCUUCAUGCUCAGAUCCACUUUGGACGAGUCUUUAUGAAGCCAGGUCUUCCUACUACAUUUGCCACAGUUGACAUUGAUGGAAUACGGAAACUCAUCUUUGCUCUGCCAGGAAACUUCAACUUCAGAGAGACUGGGCCCUCCCUGCUGGAGGUCGUAGCCCCGAGUGAGACCGAGGCCAGACAACCACUAACCCCUGCACCUAUGGGAAGUAACCCAGUGUCUGCAGUGGUGACAUGUAACCUGUUUGUGAUUCCUGCUCUGAGGAAGAUGCAAGGCAUUCUGGACCCUAGACCUACAAUUAUUAAAGCUAGGCUUUCCUGUGACGUGAAGCUGGAUCCCAGGCCAGAGUACCACCGCUGUAUUCUCACCUGGCAUCACCAGGAGCCACUGCCCUGGGCACAAAGCACAGGCAACCAGGUAUCCAGCAGGCUAAUGUCAAUGCGUAGCGCUAAUGGUCUGCUGAUGUUACCUCCCAAAACGGAGCAGUACGUGGAACUGCAUAAGGGAGAGGUCGUGGACGUCAUGGUCAUCGGACGGCUAUGAUGCAGACUUCAAUGUCACUCGCUACCGAUUACCGUGGCAGUGCCAGGACUUCCUGUCUGGACAGGAAACGAGCGGGGGCAGGAAGUGAUGCAUGUCUACCUGGUCGCCAUUAGCUGUGAUGUCAUAUGCAACAGCCAAUCGGAGCCAGCGGAGGCUGAAACCUCAUUGGUCUGCUCUGAGGAGAUCACUGUAUUUCAAUGGAGAAAAAAUGUGAAAAAAAAUAUAAAAUAUGAGAUUUAUUCUGUAAUAAUAUUAUUAUUAUUAUUAUUAUUAUCCUGAUGAUAAUGAUUAUUAAUAUUCUAUUUAUUAUUAUUAUUACCAUGGUUCUGAUUGAAUAUUAUCAUCUUAGUAGUACUCAUGCCCUCUUCUCUCCUGUUCAUUUGCUUUGUGCGUUUGAUAUUCUUCCCUGGUAGAUAUAGAGACCUUCCUCCCAAUCCCCCUGACCUCUUUUUUUCCUUUUCUCUCCCUCUUCUUUCUCUCUUCUUCUUUUCUGCUCUAGCAUCCUCUACCCAGAUAUAGAAACUCCUUGAUAACCCUUCCCUGCAGUAUCCCUACAUCUCCCCCUUGAACACACUGACCUUAACAUCAGUAUUGACAGAAAUAUGAACUAUAUGCUUAUAAAGACAUCUUUUGAUUAAA